GAGACACAGGCAGUGAAAAAGUGUGUGUGUGUGUGUGUGUGUGUGAGAGAGAGAGAGAGAGAGAGAGAGAGAGAGAGAGAGAGAGAGAGAGAUUCCAAGUCUCUCUCUGCUCUCUCCGCUUUCGGGACUCCUGCUCACUCCUCUGACUCAAUGGGGCUUUAGCGUCAGGGAUUUAAGCUGAAGAACUAAAAUAUUUAUUACCCAUUCCUGUUACUAUUCCUGUUACUAUUUAAAUUCUGUAUGAAAAUAGAUAAUUUAUUGUCAAGUUUUACCAAACGGUCAAAUUUGGACACUAUGGAUAUUCGGAAGAAGCGAAGACCGUGGCGCCUGGAACUCAGCUCCUUGCUUCUGGUGACUGUUACGCUCGUCCUGUGCCAGGUCCCACAGGCUCGAGCAGAUCCAGUUGAUGUUUUGAGGGUGCUGCAGCUGCCCUCACUCCCUGAAGGUGUGCAGAAGGUUCCGGGCUUUUGUACCUCUCGUCGUGCUGGCACUCCUGACCAUGCCUACCGCAUCACUAAGAAGGCCCAGAUCUCUGCCCCAACCAAGCAACUAUUUUCAGGACGUUUCCCAGAGAACUUCUCCAUCAUGGCCCUGGUGAAGGCCAAGGCUGGUCUUCAGGCCUUUCUGCUGUCCAUCUACAGUGAGCAGGGGGUGCAACAGCUAGGAUUGGAGGUGGGCCACUCACCUGUCUUCCUGUAUGAGGACCAGAGCCGCAAGCCUGCCCCAGAGGACUACCCACUAUUUACAGGGAUCAACCUGGCUGAUGGCAAGUGGCACCGCCUUGCCAUCUCUGUACAAAAGAAGAACGUUACUCUCCUGCUUGACUGCAAGAAGCGAAUAACUAGACCUCUUCCUAGAAGUAACAAGCCAGUGGUGGACACCAAGGGUAUUACUGUAUUUGGUGCACGUCUGUUGGAUGAAGAGGUUUUCCAGGGCGAUAUUCAACAGCUGCUGAUUGCUUCCAACCCUCAGGCAGCCUAUGACUUCUGUGAGCAUUAUAGUCCUGACUGUGACACUCGUCUACCCAAAGUUCAGGCCCAGGAUCCCAACACUUAUGACAGAAAGGCCACCCAAAAAUCCACUGCUCCUGAGAAAUCAAAAGUUGACAAGACAAAAGCUGGCCCAGCUAAAGCAAAACCUGCCAAGCCAAUUACAUUAGCUAACACAGGCCCAGCCCCAACAAGUGCUGCCACAACAAAGCCUGCCAAAGCGAAACUUACUGCUGUGCAAAAUUUGCUUUCAAAAACUAAGCCAUCUGUAGCAGCUAAAUCAUCUAAUUCUAAAGCCACAUUAGCCCCUAAGACUAGAAGAGAUAAAAAAGCAAAUGGCAAUGCUAAAGCAGCUGAGAAUAAAAAAGGUAGUGGUGAAAUUAAAGUAAAUGGUAACAGUAAUAGCAAGACUAUGGUGGAAAAUAAAGCUAAUGGUGCUAAAGUUAACAGCGAUGGUAAAGUAAAUGGAAGUACCAAAGCAGCUGAGGAGAAAAAAGUGGAAGUGAAUGGUAAUUCUAAGCCCAAUGGUAAGGUCAGUGGGAAAGCAGUUAAGGAGAAAAGAAACAACAGUGCAGCUAAAAGCAGUGAGAAGUUUGCCAUCAAUGGCAAUGCCAAAAGGAAAGAAGAUAACAAAGCAAAUGUUGCUACUAAAGCUAAAGGCAGCGAAAGAGCUGUUGUAGAGAAAAAGGCUAAUGGCAGUGGCAAGGCAGCUGAGGAAAAAAGAGCAAAUGGAAAUGUGGAAAAAUCAGUGAAAACUGAGAAACCUGAAGUGAAGCUGGAGAUAGGACUGUUCAGCAAGUACAAAGUAGGGAAAACUGAGGUUACUGAUGCCAAACCAGGAAAAAAUGCUAAAACUAAAACUGACAGAGUAAAAACUGAAGUUGCAAAAGAGGCGAAGAUUAAGAUAAACAAAACUGAGCCGAGCAAGGUCAAAAUAGUUAAGACUGAGACAUUAAAGGUGAAAGCUGGGAAGAGUGAAAAGGCAGAUGUUAGAAAAACUGUCAAAGACACAUCUGAUUCUGUAAUCAUGCAAAAGCUUGUUAGUCUGAAACCCAUAUCCAAGAAGGAGACACCAGUCCCAGCACCCAUAUCUGCUCCAGCCCCUGUGCCUGUCCCCAUCUCUCUCAAGCCAGAGAAACCCAAGGUGUUGAUAGACGUCAGUAACUUCAAAUCAAUGACCAAACAAUUCCCACCCUUCGACAAGGCUGCAGUCAGUGGUACCACCAUCUCCGCUCCAGAAAAAUCCAAGAAGAAACCAACCAAUGGUUAUCAACAGGAUGUAGAUCCUGCUUACUCUGAGGCUGACCACACCCCCACAGAGACAGAGUAUUAUUACACCUUGGAGGGGGAGGAGGCCAAACCACGGCCAAGAAGUGAGGUGACUGGACAUGAAGUAACCACAGGCCAGGUGGAGGAAACUGUAGUGGGUGAAGAGGUAGAAAAGGUGAAAGCAAAUGGUGAGGAGGUAUCUGAAACACCAGAUGAGGCCUUCAUCGAAGAAUAUGUGACAGGAGACUUUGGAAUGAAGGAGUAUGACUAUUCCUACAAGGAUUACAAUGAGCCCAUUCCUGGAGGGGAGACAGAUGGUACCAUGGGCCCUGUCCUGUCUGCUGUCACAGAUGAGGGAGGCGCUUCUGUGAGGGCCCAGAAAGGAGAGAAGGGAGAGCCUGCUGUCCUUGAGCCUGGCAUGUUGAUCGAAGGACCACCAGGACCAGAAGGACCAGCAGGUCUCCCUGGCCCUGCUGGGCCCACUGGUCCUCCUGGGUCUGUGGGGGAUCCAGGAGAGAGGGGUCCACCUGGUAAAGCUGGUCUGCCUGGAGCUGAUGGUGUUCCUGGACCUCCUGGAACAUCUGUCAUGCUUCCAUUCCGAUUUGGACAAAGUGGAGGGGACAAAGGCCCCAUUGUCUCAGCACAGGAGGCCCAGGCUCAAGCUAUUCUCUCUCAGGCUCGGAUGGCCCUGAAGGGCCCACCUGGGCCAAUGGGUUUUACUGGUCGGCCUGGUCCCCUGGGUUCAUCUGGAAGUCCUGGUUUGAAGGGAGAGGUUGGAGACCCUGGUCCCCAGGGCCCCAGAGGUCCGCAAGGAUUGUCUGGUCCUCCUGGCAAACCUGGGAGAAGAGGUCGUGCUGGUGCUGAUGGUGCUCGAGGAAUGCCAGGAGAGCCUGGAGUUAAGGGUGACCGGGGUUUUGAUGGGUUGCCUGGACUGCCAGGAGACAAAGGUCAUCGAGGCAACACUGGAGGAAUGGGACCACCUGGACCCCCUGGAGAGGAUGGAGAGAGAGGAGAUGAUGGAGAUGUCGGACCCAGAGGACUCCCAGGUGAACCAGGGCCCCGUGGAUUGCUGGGGCCUAAAGGUCCUUCUGGAGUACCUGGCUCUCCAGGUGUUCGUGGCAGCGAUGGUCCUCCUGGUCCAAAAGGAAACUUGGGACCCCAGGGAGAGCCAGGUCCUCCAGGCCAGCAGGGGGCCCCAGGAACACAGGGAAUGCCUGGCCCUCAGGGUGCUAUUGGUCCUCCAGGAGAGAAGGGACCUGCAGGUAAACCAGGUCUGCCAGGCAUGCCAGGAGCUGACGGUCCCCCUGGUCACCCAGGAAAAGAAGGCCCCUCAGGAACCAAAGGGAAUCAGGGGCCUAGCGGUCCUCAGGGUUCUAUCGGUUAUCCUGGCCCUCGUGGAGUUAAGGGAGUUCAAGGUAUACGUGGACUGAAGGGUCAUAAGGGAGAGAAGGGAGAGGAUGGUUUCCCUGGAAUCAAGGGAGACUUUGGCCCAAAAGGAGAGAGGGGAGAAGUAGGAGUGGCAGGUCCCAGAGGAGAGGAUGGUCCUGAGGGACCAAAAGGUCGUAUUGGUCCUCCUGGUGAGAUUGGACCUAUUGGCCUGGUUGGUGAUAAGGGAAAACUUGGUGUACCAGGACUGCCUGGCUAUCCAGGAAGGCAAGGGCCUAAGGGCUCACUUGGUUUUCCAGGAUUCCCUGGCACAAAUGGAGAGAAGGGUGCAAGGGGUCUAAUUGGAAAGACUGGGCCAAGAGGGCAAAGGGGACCAACAGGGCCCAGAGGACAGAGAGGUCAGCGUGGAUCUACUGGAAAACCAGGUGCCAAGGGGUCAUCAGGUAGUGAUGGCCCUUCUGGACCACCAGGAGAGAGAGGAUUACCUGGACCUCAAGGAGCAAAUGGAUUCCCAGGGCCAAAGGGACCUCCAGGACCGCCAGGGAAAGACGGACUGCCUGGACACCCUGGACAGAGAGGCGAAGUUGGUUUCCAAGGCAAGGCUGGGCCUCCUGGGCCACCUGGAGUUGUUGGACCUCAGGGUCCUUCAGGUGAGACUGGCCCAAUGGGUGAGCGUGGCCACCCUGGACCUCCUGGACCACCAGGUGAGCAAGGACUUCCUGGCCCUUCUGGUAAAGAAGGAACCAAAGGUGACCCUGGUCCCCCUGGUGGCCCUGGCAAAGAUGGACCUCCUGGACUGAGAGGCUUCCCUGGAGAGAGAGGACUCCCAGGAACACCAGGUGGCAGUGGGCUGAAAGGAAAUGAGGGACCUGCAGGACCACCUGGACCAGCUGGAUCACCAGGUGAGAGAGGACUGGCAGGUACAGCAGGACCCAUUGGUCCUCCUGGAAGACCUGGACCUCAAGGACCCCCUGGAGCUGCAGGAGAGAAAGGAGUGCCUGGAGAGAAAGGCCCAAUUGGUCCAGCUGGUCGUGAUGGCAUCCAAGGCCCAGUGGGUCUCCCAGGCCCUGCUGGACCCCCAGGUGUUCCAGGAGAGGAUGGUGACAAGGGUGAAGUUGGAGAACAUGGACAAAAGGGAGCAAAGGGAGCCAAAGGAGAGCAAGGUCCACCUGGCCCACCUGGGCCAAUGGGUCCUGUUGGACAGCCUGGUCCACCUGGUGCCGAUGGUGAAACAGGUGCCAGAGGUCAGCAGGGCCCAUUCGGUGCAAAAGGAGAUGAAGGAACACGGGGAUUCCCUGGACCUCCAGGCCCCAUUGGGCUACAGGGAUUGCCAGGACCUGCUGGGGAGAAGGGUGAGACUGGAGAUGUCGGACCACUGGGUCCUCCCGGCCCCCCUGGACCCCGUGGUCCAGCUGGUCCGAAUGGUGCUGAUGGUCCUCAAGGUCCUCCUGGCGGUUUGGGUAACCCAGGUCCCCCUGGAGAAAAGGGUGAACCUGGUGAAAAUGGACCACCAGGUGUAGGUGGAGAGCCAGGAAAAAAGGGCCCAAGAGGAGAACGUGGUGAGAAGGGUGAAGCUGGACAACCAGGCACUCCUGGUCCUCCCGGUGGAAAAGGACCUCCUGGAGAUGAUGGUCCUAAAGGAAACCCUGGUCCUGUUGGUUUCCCUGGUGAUCCUGGCCCCCCUGGAGAAGUUGGACCUAGAGGCCAGGAUGGAGCAAAAGGAGAGAGGGGAGAGGAUGGUGAACAAGGAGAGGCUGGCUCCCCAGGACCUCCUGGAGAAAAUGGACCACCUGGGCCACCAGGAAAAAGAGGUCCUCCAGGUUCAAGAGGACCUGAAGGUCGUGAAGGAGAGAAGGGAAGCAAGGGUGCUUCAGGAGCUGCUGGGCCUCCGGGAAAGACUGGUCCUGUGGGGCCACAGGGUCCUCCUGGAAAACCAGGAACAGAGGGUCUGAGAGGACUGCCAGGAUCAGUGGGAGAGCAAGGUGCUCCAGGUCCUGCGGGCGAGAAAGGACCUCCUGGACCCAUUGGUCCUUCAGGUUUGCCGGGUCUGCGUGGUGACCCUGGUGCUAAGGGUGAAAAGGGACACCCAGGUUUGAUUGGUCUGAUCGGACCACCAGGAGAGCAGGGAGAAAAGGGAGACAGAGGACUGCCUGGCCCUCAAGGAUCACCUGGGCCCAAAGGAGAAACUGGUAUGCCUGGUGGAACUGGCCCUCUAGGCCCUGCUGGUCCUGCUGGUUUGCCUGGCCCACGGGGUAUUAAGGGAGCAAAGGGUGCCACUGGUGGAGCUGGACCCAAAGGAGAGAAAGGUGUACAAGGGCCUCCAGGACCCCCUGGACCACCUGGUGAUGUCAUCCAGCCCCUGCCCAUUCAGAUCCUGAAAAAAUCCAAGCGAUCCAUUGAUGCCAGUAAGAUUUUCUCUGAGAUGGAAGAUGAGGCUGCCCAGGCUGAUGCCACAGGCACUGAAUUCCUGACUGGCAACGAAGGCAUGGAAGAGAUCUUUGGUUCACUCAACUCUCUUCGCCUGGAGAUUGAGGCCAUGCGUUUCCCACUUGGAACAAAAGAAAGUCCAGCCCGCACCUGCCAGGAUCUCCACCUCAGUCAACCAGAUUACAAAGAUGGUGAAUACUGGAUUGAUCCUAAUCAGGGCUGCGAUCGUGACUCGUUUAAGGUUUACUGCAACUUCACAGCUGGUGGGGAGACUUGCCUCUAUCCUGGAAAGGAUGUGGAGAAUGUAAAGAUGAACUCUUGGCCAAAGGAGAAGCCUGGAUCUUGGUACAGUAACUUUGCUAAAGGAAGCAAGCUCUCAUACGUGGACUCAAAUGGUGAGCCUGUGGGUGUGGUCCAGCUGGGCUUCCUGCGGUUGCUUAGUAUUCAGGCCCGCCAGAACCUCACCUACCACUGCCACCACUCUGUGGCCUGGGCUGACAGCACUUCUGACAAUGGCUACCACAGGGCACUGCAUUUCCUGGGUGCUAAUGAAGAAGAGCUGAGUUAUGAGACUAACCCCUAUAUCAAGGCCCUCUCAGAUGGCUGUUCUUAUCGGAAAGGUUAUGACAGAACAGUUCUGGAGGUAAAUACGCCUCAGGUGGAGCAGCUCCCUCUCCUGGACAUUAAGAUCACUGACUUUGGCGAGAAUGAUCAGAAGUUUGGUUUUGAAGUGGGACCUAUUUGUUUCCUAGGGUAAACAUAUAUACAUGCAAAGAGCAAAAGGAACACAAACCUAAAUGAGAGCACACAGACAUACACACACCACACACACCUAAAGCCAUGACAAAUAA